CCUCCUCAUCUAUCCGUGGCACGCAGGGUGGGGAUUGCCCCUCAGUGUUCUCCAUAUUUGUACGGACUCUCCUCGGUCGGACUCAGUCACCCCUCCCCUCUCUCCUCAGAAGCGUCUCACCCCCUGUUUGGCGCGGCCACGUACCAUGGGGAAGGACGGGGAAGGCGGCGGAGCGGGCGCGGCCACCGCCGCCCAGGCGGAGAGCGGUGGGAAGAAGGAGGAGGAGAAGGGGAAGGGGAAGGGGAAAGGGAAGGAGAAGGAGGGAGCUGACCGGCGGGGCGACCUGCACAAGUGCUGCGGUUGCCGCUUCCCUCUCCUCAUCGCCGCCCUGCAACUGCUCUUGGCCAUAGCAAUCACCGUGGUCGCUUUCAUCAUGAAGAGUAUCAGCUCCUCCCUGCUCCUCAGAGACACCCCUUACUGGGCCGGCAUCAUCAUCUGCUUGACUGCAUUGCUGGGGUUUUAUAUGUACUGCAUCAUAUACGAAGUCGAUGAGCACGCUGCUCGGCAGUUUAUAGUAAAGCUGAUCUACUUCUUGCUGUGCACCCUUGGCCUGAUUCUCUGCAUCUCAGCUGUGGCUUUUGCUGGCCACCAUUAUAAUCAGAUCACCAAGCUCACCUGCCAGAUGAACUCGGAGCACUGCGUCUGCAAGCAGGAUCCUGAGGAUCAGAUAGCCCGGACUUUCCAGUACAACGAUGUGCCCGACUGCGACUCUGUCACCAACACCAUCAAACUCUACCUACUGCUGCAGAUGGUUCUGAACCUAACCCUCGCCCUCGUCUGCCUCCUGGGCUGCUACGUGAUGUGGAAGGACAGAUACCAGGUGUUUUUUGCCGGCCUCCACUUCCACCCCUUGAAGAGCGCCAGCCAACAGCAGCAGAAGGUGUGAAUAACCCAGCUGGAAUGGUCAGUCACAGAGCGCAGGCUGACACCAGAACCCGGUGCACAGGAAGAAAUUACUCCAGUAUUUACAUGUUUAAGACUAGACUUUGCUUACAAAAGUGUGCAAUUUUGAGAAUGUGCUAUCUACACAAGGAAGUGUGCUUUAGGGAAAUAACGGUCCUAUUCUUACAGGUGUCUAAUAACCCUGUUGCUGGUAUAGAGUGGACUAACUGUUUCAAUAUUGUGCUUCCAUGCCAUAACUAACAAGCAAACUGCUCUGGCUUCACUUUGCUCUCGGUAAUACCCCAUGAGGAUUUUUAAAGACUGUAAGUUGUUAACUGAUGUAGGUUUUAACUGCACUCGAGAAGCAAAAACUGCAGAUGCUGGACAUCUGAAAUAACAGAAAAUGGUGAAAAUGCUCAGAAAUCGGAUAGCAUCUGUGGAGUGAAGGUUUGGUCUCCUCAGUGGAACUGGACAAGUGAGAAGGCAAGGGUGUUCAACUGCAACACACACAAACUGAAUAGGAGAGGCUGCAUCCAUGGAAAUGAACAAGUCCUCGAUGUUCUGGGCCCAGGCCCUUACACUGCAGGGAAGGGGGGGGGGGGGUGGUUGGAGACCCAGGUAGUUCUGGUGACCAAAAGCUUUCAUAAGGGAGUAAGACUGAUGACAGCUCGCAGCCUCAGUGUGGCCUUCCUCCUCUCCUCUGUACUCACUGACAUGCCUCUCCUCAUCCUCUUCCAGACAGAUCAGUUCUAAUCUACAAGCAUUAAUUUCCCUUGUGUUUCCCAUCCCAGACAGUGACCCUGUCCUCUCCGCCCCUCACCCCCUCACCGGAUGUUAAACCUCUGGGUUGAAACACCCUUUUAUACUCUCUUCAGUUCUGAUGAAGGAUCUUCAAUCUGAAAUGCUAACACCAGCUCUCUCUCUCUCCGCAGAUGCUGUCUGACCACUGAGUGGUUCCAGCGUCUCUCUUCUUAUCUUAAACAUGAAUAGCCUGUGGCACUGUGCAGAUAAAGGGUGUGAGACCCUUCCUCAGGCAGCAAGAAAGAGACUAAACUACACUGGUCCCUGCAGAGAAUGAGCUUUGCCUCAAACUUUAAAAUGGUUUUAGUUUUUUGCAACCCUACCAAAUCAACUCUCACCCUCCUUCACUCCAAAGAGAAAAGGCCAAGCUCGUUCAAACUAUCCUCAUAGAACGCACUCUCUAAUCCAGGCAGCAUCCUAGUAAACCUCCUCUUCACCCUCUCUAAAGCUUCGACUUCCUUCAUGUAAUGAGGGAGCCAGUAAUGAAGACAAUAUUUCAAAUGUGGUCAAACUGGGGUUUAAUAGAACUGCAUCAUUACCUUGUGGCUCUGGAUCUCAAUCCCGGUCUAAUGGAGGCCACCAUUUGCCUUCUUAACCACCCUAUCACCUUUGCUGUCUGACUAUGGUGUGGUACUUAGUGGGUGAGAAUCGUGUACGGCACCCAGUUGCAGUGCGUGCCAGCACUUAGCAGCACGGUUUAUAGGACCCAUGAUUUUUAGAGCAUUAACACGACUGAAUUGGGGAUACAGGGUGCAUAGUUAGUACCGCUGUUGGCUCUCAGCUGCAGUGACCCAGGUUCGAGCAUGGCCCUCAGUGCUGUCUCAGGGGAGUUACACACGCUCCCUGUGACUGCAUGGGUUCCCUCGACUAACCAUAAGACAUAGGAGCAGAAUUUGGCCAUUUAGCCCAUUUAGACUGCUCUGCCAUUCCAUCACGGUUCAUUUAUUAUCCCCAUUCUCCUGCCUUUCCCCAAUACCCUUUGACCCCAUAGCUCCUAAUCUAGGAGCUAUCAAGUUCCUCUUUAAAUAUACCCAACGACUUGGCCUCCACAACCAUCUGUGGCAAUGAAUUCCACAGAAUUCCUCCUCAUCUCUGUUCUAAAUAGAAGUCUCCAUAUUCUGAGCCUGUGCCCUUUGGUCCCAGAUUCCUCCACUACAGGAAACAUCCACUCUAUCUAGCCCUUUCAAUAUUUGGUCCGUUUCAAUGAGAUCCAGCCCCUCAUUCUUCUAAACUCCAGCAAAGUUAGGCCAGAGCCAUCAAAUGCCUCUCAUGCAUUAACACUUUAAUUCUUGGAAUCAUUGUCGUGAAUCUCCUAGACCCUCUUGAGUGCCAGCAUAUCUUAGAUAAGAAGCUCUAAGCUGCUCACAGUACUUCAAAUGCAGACUGACCAAUGCCCUACAAAGCCUCAGUAUUACAUCCUUGCUUUUACUUAUAUUGUAGUCUUCUAAAAUGAAUGCUAAUAUUUAAUUUGCUUUCCUUAUCACUGGCUCAACCUGCAAAUUAAUGUUUAGGGAAUCUUGCAAGAGGAAUCCAAGUUCUUUUCACCCCUAACCUCUGAAUUUUCACCCAGUUUAGAAAAUAGUUUAAGCCUUUAUUCCUUCCACCAAGGUUCAUGAGCAUACACCUCCCUACACCAUAUUCCAUCUGCCGAAUCUUUGCCCUGUCUGAAUCCUUCUGCAGACUCCCUGCUUCCUCAACUCUACCUGUCCCUCCACCUAUCUUCAUAUCGUCCAUGAACUUGGCCACAAAACCAUCAACUCUGUCAUCCAAAUCAGUAGCAUAUAACAUGAAAAGAAGCCUAACCCCACACCCCAUAGAACACCACUAGUCACUGGCAGCCAACCAGAAAAGGGUUCCUUUAUUCCCACUCUUUGCCUCCUGCUAGGCAGCCAAUCUUCUAUCCAUGCUAGAAUCUUUCCUAUACUACCCUGGGCUCGUACCUUGUUGAGGAGCCUCAUGAGCAUCUUGUCAAAGGCUUUCUGAACUGCUCUAGUUUCCUCCCACAUUUUCCAAAGACGUGUAUGUCUGUAGGUUUAUUGGCUGCUGUAAACUAUUCUUUAACGUUUAGAAGUUGAUUGGAGUAUGGGAAGAAUGAGAUGGGAUUGCUGUGAAUGGGUGGGCGAUGGCCAGCACGUUUCUGUGGUGUGUUUGCAGUGUAUUCCAGCAGCUGCAAAGCCAGUGGACAAAAUGACAAGUCACUUCAGUUUUUCACAAUAUCGUAAUACUUGUUUUUAUUUGAAAUGCUUUGUGUAGUGUGCUUUGAUCUGAUUACAGCUCACUGGAAAGAUAAUUCACAUGUCUUUGAGUAGAUCUUGGUGCAGGAUCUAUUAGAAGUCGAGGUAAAGCAACGUGAUCCAAUUUGGGUCAAGCCUUCACAUGAUACCAUCUGUGCCUUUCAAUGGCUGGACGCUUUUCUGGGCAGGCACUUGGACAGAUGCCUGGAAAUCUGGGAAAGACACACACACACACACACACACACACACACACACACACACACACACACACACAAGAUCUUGAAA